AAUAUUUCCCUCCAUCAUUCUUUGACAUCAUGAUACAUUUGAUGGUCCAUCUAGUAAGAGAAGCGAAGUUGUGUGGGCCAGUUUGGGCGAGAUGGAUGUAUCCAUUUGAACGAAAUAUGAAGGUAUUGAAAGGUUACGUGCGUAAUCACAAUCGGCCUGAAGCUUGUAUGGUUGAGUGUUAUAUAUCAGAGGAGGCAGUGGAAUUUUGCACGGAGUACAUAGCAGGAGUUGAUGCAAUCGGACUUAGCAAGCCACGAAAUCAUUCAAACGGGGUUGAUAGAGGAUUACGAGGGAAAGGAUCAAUGGUGACUGUAUCUAGAUUGGAAUUGGAUCAAGCUCAUUUGCUUGUGCUUGAGAAUAACCCUGAAGUCCAACCAUAUAUAACUGAUCACUUGGAAUUAUUACAAUCAAUGAUUCCAACUAAGGUCAAGAAUAAACAGAGAUGGGUACUAGAGGAGCAUCGUAAAACAUUUAUUGGAUGGUUAAAGAAUACCAUUCUAGCUAUUGAUCAUGGUGUGUCGAAAGAGUUAGAAUACAUAUCGUUUGGACCGGAUACUCAAGUAGUAAAGCAUCAUGCUUACAUUGUGGGGGGGAAAAGAUUUCAUACAAAGGAAAGAGAUGAUGCUCGAACGGUUCAAAAUACUGGAGUAAGUAUUGUUGCAGAAGCAAUGCAUUUUGCAUCAACAAAGGACAGAAACCCGGCGGAGUUAGAAAUGUGA